AUGACGCGACGGGCCAAGAAGCAGAUAGUGCUUGUGGGCGUUGCUGCUGCAUUCAUGAUCGGUAUUGUUACAUUGCAGCCGUACUCGGAUGUCCUCGAUCAAAAUUUGGGUGAACAGCUCACCACCACUCCUGACGCUCACAAGCAAGAGCCUGGUACCGUCAAGCCUUCCACCGUCGAGCAUUUCAGCACACACCAGGAUCCCUUUGACUACACCGACCCCUAUGCCGUCAAGGAUAUUUGCAACAACCUGUCCAAGCAGCAUCUACACUCCCGAGGAAUGAUCAUUACCGAAAAGACCCAGGAGGACACUCUCAAGGUGUUUGUCUGGAGACAGCAGACUUUCAUGGAUCCCGCAAUCGACUGGAAGGUCGAAUCCCAGACGGUGUGCCCCUUCCCCCCAGAGCUCCAGCCAUUCUUUGUUUUCAACGAGGAGUACCACAUCCAGGACAAGUCCAUUGUAUGGGAACGGGGAUACGCUCCCUGCUGGUUCUGGACCACGAAUGUGUGGGGCAACUCCCGAGAUGUUGUCGAGACUUGCGGGGGAGCUCGCAAUCAAAAGUACAUUAGGACACAGAAUUAUACCGAGUUCAGAGAUGCCGACGUUGUCUACAUGGACUACCCCUUCUACAACUACAUCAAAGAGGCACCGUUCUGGGAUCACAGGAGGAUGCCGCCAAGAAUCGCACACCAAAAGUGGGUUCUCAACUACAAUGGCGAAUCCAUUACCCACCACCCCCAUGUCGCCUUGCCUUCCUUCUUGCAACAAUUCGAUCUCACCAUGGGCAGCCCGGGUCCCUUGUUCGAUAUCCCAUACCCCUUGUUUGCCAUCUCUGAAGAUCAAGCCCUGAAGAUGGCCAAUGUCCAGCCACAAGUUCCCAUUGACAAGAAGCCCGUCAAUUACAUUGCCUGGGUGGUCUCCAACUGUCAACCUCAAAACAACCGCAACGAAUUGAUGCAGGAUAUGAUUGCCAAAAUUGGUGCCCAUUCCUACGGCAAGUGUUUCCACAACAAGGGCUUCCCCACCGACCUCCACGAUGAGAUCUACAACUACGACACCAAGACCAAGGUUCUCAGCGCAUACCCCUUCACAUUCGUGGCCGAGAACUCCAACUGCCUUACCUAUGUCACGGAAAAAAUUUACAACGGGUUCCAAAGUGGAGCGAUCCCCAUCUACCUGGGAGCCAUGGAUAUUGCCGACUAUGUCCCCAAGGGAAGCUACAUCAACGCCCAGGAUUUCAAGAAUACCGACGAAUUGGUGGAGUUCAUGAAGACUGUCAACAGGGCACCCUACUAUGAGUGGAAGAAGGCUGUCAAGCAAGAUGUAACCCAGUUCUGCAAGAGCUGCUUCCCUCCCAAGGACACCAACGAGUGUGUCUUGUUGGAUCGUGUCGUAUUCCUGUAG